AUGGCCCCGUAUGGUGCUGGCCAAACGGCCUCCGGGGCCUCUGAUUCGAGUCCCGCCGCUUCAGUCAGCAAUACAGCACAGGGUUCCGCACAUCAAACUCCUGGACAAUCGGCUGCCAAUGGAGGCCAGAACCCUCAGCACAAGCGCGUCUACCAAGCUUGCAUCCCCUGUCGCCGGCGCAAAGUACGAUGCGAUCUUGGCAGUGUCGACAACCCUCACGAUCCUCCAUGUGUGCGCUGCCGCCGCGAAAGCAAAGAGUGCUUCUUCAGCGCUACCCGUCGAAAGCGCAAAACCGAUGAGGAUGGCAGCGAUCAGGAUGAAUACAUCAUUAGAAACGGCCGUAAACGACUGAAUACCAACGGCAGCCCUCCACCACCGCUCAUCGAACGCCGAUCUUACAGCAAUGUUCCUUUAACUCCAGGAGGUUCUCACGGUCAAGCUCAGCCAUUGCGCCGUCCUGAUGGUAGUCGAAUCAGCCGUGGAAGGGAUGGCGAUUGGGGACAUGAAGGCGAUGCCAACCAGACUCUUGAAAACAUCGAGGCUCAAACUGUCAUGAGGCGGGGUGUUUUUGGACCACAAGACGCAUUAGAUCUCCUCUAUAAGGCAGCCACAGACAGUCCCGCAGUUGAUCGUGAACGCAGAGAAAGCACUUCUUCUGUCCGCCCCGCUCCUCCUCGUCCCCCGCCCGAAGACACUGGUCCUUAUGGAUAUGUACCGAGGUCGACAUCCAAACCGCCAAAGACAGAGCAGCCCGUUGACCCUGAGCUUUCGCGGCCUGAGCUCAGCUCCCAGCCCGGAUAUGCUGAAGCUAUCAAGGCAUGGCAGCGCUUUCGAUUCGUCCGUGCUGGUUGGUUCACAGCCCUCGAGGCUAUUGAGUAUAUCGACUAUUACUACAAAUAUCUCUCUCCAUUGACGCCUAUAUCACCACCUACUUUCAGCAACCCCGCUUCCCACGUUACACUUCUGUACGAGGAGCCUAUCCUGACCGUUACUCUUCUGACGAUUGCAUCGCGUUAUCGACAAAUGCCAGGCACCGGUGGACAUUGCCGGUCGCAUGCGAUUCACGAGCAACUGUGGAUGUAUCUCCGUGGCAUGAUCGAGCGGUGUCUAUGGGGACAAGAAGCUUUUGGAGGUGGUUUCUGUGUCCCACCCAGCACUAGCGCCAUCUUCGACGAGUCUCAAACAAGCAGUACAGCGCCAUGGCGAGGGUUGCGCAAAGGCAGUCUACGAACUCUUGGAACUAUUGAGUCGUUGAUGAUUCUCACCGAGUGGCAUCCUCGCGCAUUGCACUUCCCUCCUACCGAAGCCACCGAUGAACUGGUUCUACCCAUGGAAGCCGCCUUCCAAGCUAUCACAGCUGCUGAUGAGGAUCCAAGUAAAACGCUGGGCAGUGGUUUUGGUGGCAAAAGGAUCGAAAGUUGGCUCGAGCCGGCAUGGAGAAGUGACCGAAUGUGCUGGAUGUUGCUUAGCACGGCGAAUGGGCUCGCAUACGAAUUGGGCGUCUUCGAUGACAUUGAUGAAUUGCUCAAAGAUGACGCUAUCACUCGACCUGAGUAUCAGGAGGAAGCUUACAGACAGCGAGCUUUCCGAAUCAAGCGCCUGUUGCUUAUCUACACGACACAACUGGCUGGUCGUCUCGGCUGGACCAACAUGGCUCCGGCUCACCUGAGAAGAAGCGACCCUGCUCUUGCUCGGUUCCGGCCUGGCUCAGUAGAUGGCACUACUCCCGGAACGAACCCAUCUUCAAUGUCCAACCAUUUCAACUAUGUGCCCGACCUGGAACUGGAUGACCAAAUUAUCCAUUGCUGGGCUGGCAUCAGCAAUGCGAUGGAGAUGGGCAAUGAGAAGAUUUUCCGCUCUCGCAAGCAUACAACACAGAUUAUUCAAAAUGGCAAAUACAUCAGCAUUCUCAAAGAGUUCGAGCCUAUUCUUCGCGAUUGGUGGAGAGAGUUCGAGCUGUAUCGAUUGCCUGAGUUCAUCCGGCAUAUUCUGACAAUUGAGUAUCAAUACGUACGCAUUUAUAUCAACUCCCUUUCAUUACAAGCCGUCGUUGAGCGCUGCACCAACCAAGCCGGGGCAACAGCCAACUCUGGCCACCACGGAUCGAGUGCAGCGAACGGUCACCCGCAAUUGUCGCCCCAGACAAUGAUCAACUAUGGGAAGCUUCCCCUCGGCCAACUUGGAGGGUUCACUGCUCACGACCAGGAGUACAUUCGCGAAGUGGUUGAAGGAAGUCGAGAUCUACUUCGCACGGUCGUUGAAGGUUUGCUGCCUGGUGAUUACCUCAAGCACGCUCCGGUGCGGACAUAUUUCCGCAUCAUUAGCGGCGCCAUGUUUUUACUUAAGACGUUUGCUCUUGGUGCUCCGCGAUCCGAUGUGAGGAUGAGCAUCGAGUUGAUGGACGCAACAGUCGAGGCGCUUCGAAAUUGCGUCGUAGAUGAUGUGCAUCUUGGAAUCCGUUUUGCAGACCUUCUCGAGUCUUUGACGAGCCGUCUCCGCAACCGUUUCAUCCAGGCUCCCACCAUGCAGCAAGCAUCAGGCAGGGGGCAGAGUCCUGUUCCGGAUGGGCAAACACAUCAUGAUGAUGGCACUCUCGCUUCUACUGAAGGAGAGGGUCAGACGAACUGGGUUGGCGGCCAUGCUCAGAGACUCCGAGACGGGCUUAACGGAAAUGCUCCGCCUCCGGCUCCUACUCACGAAGCCAACAACAUCUCAGCCACGCCUUUCGAUCUUUCUGCACAGAACUUCCCUUACCCCGGGCAAGGUCCUUUAGGUCCAUCAACGCCCACGGUGGUGGAGAACGCUGUUGCGAACAUGGAUGUGAGCCUUUUUGAAGACUGGAACCACCAAGGCAACGAGAUGUGGUAUUUACCUCCUGGCCCGGCCUUCUUCCAGAACGUAGAGAACCCCUCCGUUGCUAUGGGCCCUGAAGGCGUUAAUGUCGGGGGUCUCGAUCUUCUCGAGUACAUGGCCAUGGACCCCUCUCAAUUCCCAGGACUGGAUCCAUCAUCAGGCCCUCCAACUAGCCACCCCUAA